GGUUUCAAAAAUGGCUCAAUCUUCCAAUCUUCAAUCUAUUUUCCUCCUCCUCCUUGUUGCUUUCAUGUUGCUUGUAGAUGUCUCAAUUGCUGGUGGGGAAGGAUCUCUUACCAAAGCAGAAUGCCCUAAAGCAUGCAAUUAUCGAUGCUCAGACACACAAUAUCGGAAUGCAUGCCUGGAAUUCUGCAACUUGUGUUGUCAGAAAUGUCUGUGUGUUCCUUCUGGAACAUAUGGUCAUAAAGAGGAAUGCCCAUGCUAUAACAAUUGGAAGACCAAGGAGGGUGGUCCAAAGUGCCCUUGAACCAACCCGUCCAUUUGAUUGUCUUUAUCAACAUGAUCUUAGCCUAUGGUGUGGUUGUUUAAAUGCGAAUAAAAAUUGAAUAAAUUGUUCUCUAUUCCUUCUCAA